CACGAUCAUUAUUGAGAAUCUUCUGGCAACUCUGAGAAUCUUGGUUGGCUAUUAAGUUUUUGAGAGACACUAUUGGAUACAAAAAGGAAAACUUCAUGAAUCACUCAAAGGAGGAGGAAAACUACAUUGAAAUGAGCUCUCACCAAGAUAUAGAUCAUGCUGUCGAAAAUGCUAACGUGCCAGCCGGAGAAGUAAAUGUAACAAAGAAGAAAUGGGAAAGGAUGUUGCGUUCAGUUUCAUUUUGGAAUAAGAUAUCUGUGCUUGCAUGUAUGAUUGCUGUCUCAAUCGAUCCUUUGUUUCUUUACAUUGCAUUUCUUGAUCGUGAUAAAGUGUGCCUCGGAACGGACAAAAGGCUGAGGACUGUAGUCCUCAUUACGCGAUCACUCACAGAUUUCACGUUCCUAUUUCAUAUUGUAUAUCAACUUCGUGAAGCUGUGAAAGCAGUGGCCGCUGUGUCCAAGCCCAAGCUGGUACAGAGAGGCAACUCAAAACUCUUCAACUGGUUUGGACACGCUAAGGCAAUAGCUAAGAAGUUGUCAUGGAGCUCUUUCCUAACUGACAUUUUAGCUGUUCUUCCAAUUCCUCACGUGCUAAUAUUAGCUCUUUUUUAUGCUCCCAAUUAUGGAUUUUCAGAGAACAAAAUGACUUUGAAUUACAUGCUUCUCGCGUAAUAUGUUCCAAGAAUGUAUCGGAUCUUCAUCUCGUCUAAGCUGUUUAGAAAAAAUAGUAACAUGUGGGUCAAAGCUGCUUUCUAUUUUUUUAUGUACAUCCUCUCAAGUCAUGUAAUUGGAGCCUUUUGGUACUUCAGUACUGUUCAAAUCGAGGCAGUAUGUUGGAACAUGGCCCUGGCUGGAAAUGUCACUUUCCAAUGUGAUGACCCUCCUCUAUCUCAAAUCAAUGGUGACAUGACAGCAUUCGUGCCACUUGCCUAAAUGCGACAGGAGAUUUAUCAUUUGAUUAUGGAUCAUUCCUAGAGACAAUUCAAACCCGCUACACAGGACCUACAAGAUUCCGCGAAAAGUUAUUUUACUUUGUGUGGUGGGGACUUAAAAAUCUAAGUAACUAUGGUACAGACAUUGAUACAAGUGAGUUUAUUUGGGAAAAUUGCUUUGCAAUAUUCUCGUUUCUGGUAUUGGCCUAGUGCUAUUUGCUUUUCUCAUUGGAAAUAUGCAGGAGUGUAUGCAAUCCUCCGAGGAAAAGAAAGUGGCAACUGAUAAGGUUCAAAUGAAAGAGCAAGAACUACAAGAAUGGAUGGACAAAAAUGGUCUUCCUGAGAAGUUGGGCAAAGACGCUGAGAAGUUGAGGAUAGAGAUCAUGAAAAAGAUAACAGAGAACUUGAAAGACGACAAAAAUGCUGUAGUACAAAACCUGUUCUCUCUUCUUCCCUGGAAUACCGUAAAAGAUCUCAAACUUUCUAUUUGCAUGAGUAUGCUAAAGAAAGUACGAAGGCUCGAAAAUAUGGAUGAAAGAGGAUUGAGACUGAUCUGCCACUAUCUCAAGCCAGUGACCUACACUGAGAAAACAAUUGCUUUUCGAAUGGGAGAACCACUUGAUAGCAUGCUCUUUAUCAUGGAAGGUAUUAUGUUGAUCUACCCGACUAGUACUACUGCUACUACUACAACUGACCAUCAAGUUGGAGCAGCAAAUAUACGUUCCCCAUCAAAAAUCCGCGGGUCCCUUGAGAACGGUGAUGUUUAUGGAGAAGAACAACUUCUGAGUUGGGCAUCACCACCCGACAUGUCUAUCUCUUAUGCAGAGCUUCCUAUCUUAACCGAAAAUGUAAAAUGUCUUUCAGAAGUAGAAGGCUUUGUUCUAACUGCCAAGGACUUGAAAAAUGUAGUCUCCUUGUACAAGUUACAUGGGAAUUACAAUAGUUCCAGCCAUCCAGUGGAGGAGGUGGAACGUUCUAUCUCAAGAGGAACAUCAAUGGUUCGUCGUACCCGCAUUAAUCCUACUCAUGGCCAGGCACAGAUCAGGGCGGGAACGAGGAAACAGAUAUUCAAGAUUCAAAUAACUGAAAUGUCCCAUAUUUUGUGUGAGAUUGGUUCAAUUCUUUGUAGUAAUCAAACAUUGUACGUUGUGUGUGUGAGAGUUUCUUGAGUGCAAGUGCUUUGUUGGAACUGAAUGGGGCACUAGUCGAAUUAGUGUCGAGUCAUUUUGUAAUAUAAGUUUCUUUCUAUUCUUCAAGGUCAACUAACGUGGCUUUUUUGA